AUGCCUCACUUUUCCUCCAUUCCUCCCUCCAACAGCCGAUGCCCCCCGUUCGCUUCUCCCUCUCCCUUAGCUUUUCUUUUCCUCUCCUUUCCUUUCGGCCUUUUCCAACCCCUCUCAUUCGCUCCCCCCAACCCACGCAGUCCCCCGGGGUACUACAUCCGGCGGGGCAGGGGCGCGGGGCGGGCGAACUGGCACGUGCACCUGCCAGUGGGCGCGUGGUGCGGCGAUGAGCGCAGCUGCGCCAAGCGGUCGCUCAACCUGCUCGGCUCAUCCACCCCGUGGGCCGCCGAGGCUGCUGCUGCUGCUGGCCGCGGCAGCAAGAAGGUAUACCCCGCGUUUACCGGGCUGCUAUCCAGCAGCGCAGCAUUCAACCCCGCCUUCCACGCGUGGAACCUGGUGCGCCCGGUGUACUGCGAUGGGGGCGGGUACACGGGCACAAGAGGGCGCAUGGACGUGGCGGGAAACAAGAGCUUGUACCUGGACGGGUGGAACAUCGUGCAGGCGGUGCUGCAAGGUGGGUGGCUCAUGAUGCAUGGCUGCUUACUGGCACGGGGGUGGAAGCCACGUGUAUAA